CGCCACAUCGCUAGUUGAUCACAGAGCGUCGACAAAUACGUUGUCUUGUCUGUGCAUUUUGUGAUAUUGAGCUUCCAUUUUCAAACCGCGCAAAAUGUUUGCCGCGCUUCGUGUUUUCGUCGUUUCUAAUUAUUAUAAACAUACUAGGAGUGAUAUUUUUAGUUCGUAAAAAGUGAACAUUUUAUUUUAAUUCUAUUUAAAAUUAAAAAAAAAAACAAUAAAAUACCUUCUCUGAGAAUGUAAUAAGUGUGAAAUGUAUUUGUAUUUAUAUUUGUUAAUUACCUACUAUGGUUUUGUUUGACAAAACGGAACAAAAAUACACUGAUCAGUGUAUGUAAACCAAAUCGCUAUAAUUAAACGAAUGUAAAUCUGAUAAUAUGUGGACGGAUGUUUGACCGAAUGUAACCGAGCGUAAAUAAGUACGUAGUUAAUCGCGUCUAUCAAAAGCAGUUGAAUAAACACAAAUUUUCUACAAUACACUGGGUCCUAGACACAGAGUGUUGAAUACGAUUGCAUUUAAAAUUAUUUCAAAAACAAAAACAACGUAUUAUACGUCAAUAUAUUAUAUUAUUAUAGUUAUUAUGUACAUUAUGUUACGAAAAAAAAUGUUAAUCUAAAACAAGAUGCUUAACUAGAUAACUUGAAGACUGAAUGAGAGCUAGCCAAUUGAUAUUUUGCUGGAAUUGUUUGAAUCAAAUCAAAACAUACAAAAAUGCCGUUGCCGAUGCCAAAACGAUGCUGUGGUUGCUUGUCUCUGGAGGCUGGAUUCUUUAUCCUUUGCGCUAUAUCCAUUUUGGCAUGUAUGGCGAACAUAGCAGCAGGAGCAUGGAACUUGCCCAGGAACAAACUAAGGGAGCCCGAAGACAACCUCAUAUCCAUGAGCAUGGUCAUGUUCUCAACGCUAUCCACUAUCAGUAACUUGGUGGCUGGCACUGGAGUAUGUUUGAGGCGGUCGGGUUAUCUCCAGCUGUCGUUGGUGUUUAACUCGGUGUUCAUCGUUUGCUUGUUUCUGGUGGCCAUUGUGACCUGCCUCUUCAGUCCGGAACUGAAGAAGAGCGAGUUUUUGGACUCUCCCGGAAACAUUGCAUUAGUCAUUUUAUUAAUGUUCGCAGGAGCCGCUUAUUCCAUAUACUAUUUAAUGAUGGUGAACACAUUAUACAGGACUAUAAAAUUGACUGAAAGUAAUAGUGCAAUACCAAUAUGAGAACAAAUUAUGGUAAAUGGGUAAUAAAUAAUACGAUAUGCCGCUUUGCUGAUUCACAUUUAAACAGCAUUGUAAAGGAGAAUAUUGCACUGUCUCAUAUAUUAUCAUAUGGACAUAUAUAUACUUUGGUUUAGUACAAAAUAGAAAUGAAAAUUAAUUUAAUUAUUUCUAAGUUUUAGUAAAACUAUACAUGUAAAAAUGUACGUCAACAUAAGAAUAACUUUAUUAACUGAUCGAACUAUAGCCAUAUAUUUGAUAGUGAAAUAUUCACCAGUAAGGUAAUGAAGAGAAUAGAAUAGCCUAAGAAUGGACAAAAAUUUUACUAAUGGAAAUGUUCUCUACAGUCGCCGAAAUGUCCACACAUGAAAUUUUCAGCUUCUAAUCUCGUCAGAGUUGUGAAUAAUUAGAUGUAUAGAUAUGAUAUCACAUAUAAUAAGGCAUAUUGUAUGGCCUUUAUAUCCGUAAGUUUUACUCCCAUAAGUAUCGUAAGCUAAUUAACUAAUUAAUCUAUAAUAAGGACUUACACGACUAUUAUAUUUUCAAAUCUGUCAUAAGUUCUUUACGUGAGGUAAAAUUUACUUAAAUAAAACUUACAAUUAGCGUAAAGGCUGCCUAAACGUUGUACAAUCUUCAAAUUCAAAUGAUAUGAUUUAACUUAAAAUUCAAUACAAUUAAUAACGUAAUUUUUGUAUAACUGUACCACAUUUUCGACCGUCUUGAAUUAUAUUCUGUUAUGAUUUUGUUGUCUCAAGUGAAAAAUCACACGAGACAACAAAAUGUUUGACAAACUGCCUUUUUGUAAGUAAAUGUCCGCGUGAAUUAGCGAAUCCAAGAUUUAAACCAAUUAUGUUCCAUUCAAUUCCAUUCAGCUGUAUGGACAUGAUAGAGUAAAAAACAUAAAUAUCUAAAUAUUUAUACAAACUUUAUAAUUUUAAUACAUAGGAUUAUUAAGAAUAGUGUAAUGUGUGAAAGACAAUGUGUAAAAGCUUACACAUUGUCUAUCAAAAGAUUAAUGUUUUUUAUUUAGUAAUGUUAAUUACGUGUUACGUAAACGGAAUGUGCCAUACCUAUUUUUUAAUUUAUUAUUAAAUGUCAUGAAAGCAAUUAGGUAUUUACUUUAUACUAGGUCUGUGUAUAAAUUAGUUCGUAAUUAAGUAUUAACAUAUGAUAUUUUCCUUUUGUAAUUAAUAUAAUAUUUUUAAAUUUAAGUAUUUAUAAAAUGUAAUACAAAUUUUUGUAUAUUUAUAUAGUUCCGAAGUUUUUUUAAAGGAUGAUAAUAAAAUGGUAACCCUGCCUGCGCUGUUGAUAUGCGCUGACAAGGUACCAGUGAGGAGUGAUAGGUGACAAUGAUAUAGCAGAUCAGUCAAUAUCAGACGAUAAUCCAUCGUGAUAAAUUCAUUUGAAAUUGAACAUAAUGGUUUCCAGGGGUAAUCACGAAGAGGUCGAACUGAAAGGGUGUAUUCUAUUCUAUUAAUAGAGCUACUAAUCCCCAUUGAUAAACCCUUCUCCCCCUGUUCCAAGAAAGUAUAAAGAUUAUGUAUCUAUAAAAAAUGCUUACUUUACUGACCACGAACUCAAAAGUUAAGGAAAUUCGAAGUAAGCAAGUUUUACAAACAAAUAAAUUAUGCUUAGAUAAUAUAAUGGAUAGAUAUGGCUAGACCUAAUAUAUUAUUAAUAAUGUUAGAUUGUUCCACUGGUAGAUAAAUGACUGUCUACAGUAUUAGAGUUACUUAUCUAAGACUACGUCUACUUUAUUUACCACUAGUGCCACCUGUAAGAAAAUUGUUAUAUUAUUUAUAAGUGAGGCUUAUUAAAAAAUGAAGAGUG